GUCUAUAACUCUGUACGAGACAACCACACUGUCACUCAAAAAAAACGACCUCAUUUACGACACCUCGAACCAUAGUUGCGUACGUGCUUUCCUUGGUCCCUGUUGUUAGAUUGGGAACGCCAGCUGUUGUUUAUCAUGGAUGUUAUACAUACGACCUCCAAUGGACAGGGCCGUUUGCUGCCUAGCCCCUGUCCGGGCAGCAAAAAGCUCAGACUGCACACUGACAACUCACCGGAGUCACACAACUGUUUGGAAUCUGUGGGAGCCAGUAUCCACUCGUUGUCAUUGACCAUCAAAAAUCAUGCCGUCGAAGCCAACCCUUUGAAUGCACGUCUUCAGAAGCAUCUGCUAGAAAUCCGAAGAGAGCUGGCCGCUGCUGAGAAGUUUGAGGCUGCAGUGGAGAAAGCCUGCAAGCCUCUUCUCUUAUCGCUCGAAAAUCUGGUCGGGAGCAGCUCAGAUUCGUCAGCGGGAAUCCUUCCAAGUGUCCUACUGACGGAGAAAAUGGUGGAAACCGCAUCCGAAGUGCGCAGCGUAAUAGAUACAGUGUUUAAAAAACGGGACAGUCUGUCGGUGAAAAGAGACCGCUUAAAGGAACAAGUGGAGGAAGCCGCUGCUCUUAUGAAUAGCAAUCAAGGAGAAGUUAAGCAGAUAAAACAGGAAAUCAAAAAAAUAUCCCAGCACGCCAAAGAAAGAAUUCAAGAACAAGAACAUCUGCUUCACUCUUGUACCUCCCUUGCUGAGAUGGCUCGGGAGAGAUGCCAACAAUGUGAAGAGCUGGAGGCGAAAUGUUGUGCCAGGGAGCGCGACAUAAACUCUCUGCAAACAAACCUGGAAGCAGCCAAACUAGGAGCCGAAAAAGAGAAACAGAUGAAAGCAGUCCUGUUGGGAGAACUGCACAAGCAACUCGACUCCGUGAGGCACGCAAAUUGCCUGAAGAGCGAGGAGGCGUUGUCCCUUGUUCAGAAACUGACAGAGGUUGAGGAUAUACUGCAGCGGGAUCGCGCGUCCUUGAGCAUGAUCAAAUGCCAAACCGACAGUCAAGCAUUCUGUCUGACGCUCCUUGACAAAAGGAUAACUGAUAUGGAAACCGAUUUUCCAUCGCUUCAACAGACUCUCACAGAUCUGCAAACAGAGUUAAAUGAGCUGUCGAAAACUUUAAAUGCUUCUGCAUCGGAACUUCCAGGAGUUAGAAAGGAGAUAUAUCUUUGUGAGGAGACGCUCACCAAUAUCCGCCUAAGCACUCAGGAAAAGGAGCAAAGGAAUGUUCAGCUUCACGAAGAAAACGCUGCACUGGUGCAAAUGCUCCACCAGCGUCACGGGCAAAGCGAGAAUUUGUCAAUGCAAGCCGAAGAAAUUAGGUCAGAACUGGAGCUGCUACAAAGCCUCAAAAUUGAGAAGGAGGACUUUCUGUUGGCGCUUCCGACUGAGGCAGGUGUGACGCUAGCCCUUUCGGGCAAUGUAGUCGACCGAGCAGCAGAAACAUUGACCGCGUUGGGAAAGGAGAUUCUCCAACAAGAGCAAGCAUAUCAUUGCCUUCUUGAUGCUAUCAAACGCACAGAAUCCGGCGACAUGGCGCUAAAGGAGGAAAUUGACGUGGUGGCACGUGAAAUUCAAGAGUCGGAAGCUGUUUCGUUGUGUAUGGAGGAAGCGAGAAGAGUCUGUUCAAAUAUGACGGCCGAGCGUCUCCAAACGCUGCAGGCGGAAAUUACCACGAAGGAACAUGCUUUGGAGGAGCUGGUCAAGUUGCAACGUCUUGCCGAGCAAACGAAAACAGAAAAGGAGAAACAGGAGAUGCUUAUAGCCGAGGUGCAUGACAGAUACAACAGAGUAAAAGAAGCUCUGACUAAGGAACACACUAAAAAGAUCGAAGAAAUCAUGGCACCGAAUUCCAUUGUUAGGACAGCACUGGAGCAGCGCGAAGUGGCAGAGUGCGACGCAAUGUUCCGAGCAGAGUCAACUCGUCUGCGUUCGGAGCUGUCACAGAAGGUCGAAGAAGCUAGAAAAAAGCUAUCGGAAGAGAAAGAAAUCCUACGCAAAGAAGAGGCAUGCGUUUCUCGGUUAAGAACUGAGUUGGAGGAACAGACUCUGCUACCUUUUGCAAACAAUGACGCUGCGGAAGGUGGACCGAUCACUGUAUCUCUAACGUUCUCCGACGGCAAGAAAACGCUAAAAGCGAUGUUGGCCCCGGAGACUGGAGAUGCAAAACAUGCUAAGUCUGCGCUAGACGCAACUGGAAAACGAAAUGAAGCGGAGCAAGCCCCUCUGGAGGGACUCAAGUCACCGCAUCUGUCUGCCUUGCGAGAGAAGCUAUUCCAUUCAGCCCGGCUACCAGAAAAGGGCCCGCUGGACAGCCUCCUUCACCUGAAGAGAACCACUAAAGGGCAUGGAGCAUCUGAGAAUGCUUCCGCCCGUCCUUCCAGCCACAGCUCUUUCGCAAAAUUUUCUCGAAGCACUGGCCCUUUUUAUAACCUCGGAUGUUCUUCAAUCAGGAAACAGAAGACAACUAUCUUUACUCAAUCAUUAAAAGAAGGGACUCACGAGAUUGACAUUUUCUCACCAUAG